AUGGCUCACAGGAAUGGAAGCUAUUACCAAUGCUGCUCUGGAUUUUGCGUAGAUCUUUUGGAGAAAUUCGCUGAGGAACUGGGCUUUACCUAUGAACUUGUGCGGGUGGAAGAUGGCAAGUGGGGUACGCUUGAGCACGUUGGGCCAGGGCCUCUUUCAGCCAUUAUCACCAUUCAUCCAUGUUCUGCGCUUUCAUUUAUCCAUCCAUGCGCUGCUACUUUCCAAUUGGACAUUCCUAAACCUUUCGAUACUGCAUCGUGGAUGUUGGUUGGAGUUGUUGCAAUCCACGCCGCAACGUUCACCAUUUUUAUAUUCGAGUGGCUUAGUCCUUCAGGAUUUAACAUGAAGUGCUUCCAACAGCAGUCCACAGUAGCAGGAGCUGGUCACAGAUUUUCUCUUUUCAGAACAUAUUGGCUAGUUUGGGCAGUUUUGUUCCAAGCAGCAGUCCACGUCGAUUCUCCAAGAGGUUUCACAUCAAAAUUUAUGACAAAUAUGUGGGCUAUGUUUGCUGUUGUGUUCCUGGCUAUAUACACUGCCAACCUUGCAGCCUUCAUGAUAACGCGAGAAGAAUAUCAUGAAUUCAGUGGCAUUGAUGAUAAUAGGCUCGCCCACCCUUAUAGCCACAAACCUACAUUCAAGUUCGGCACCAUCCCCUGGUCACAUUCGGAUUCUACGCUAAAAAAAUAUUUCAAGGAGAUGCAUGCUUAUAUGAGACCGUUCAACAGGACUACAGUCACAAGCGGAGUAGAAGCCGUUGUCAAUAAAACAAUAGAAGAUAUGAAGCGUAACAGCUGCAAGAAGCAGUUCGAGGAGGAAGACAAUUGGAGUGCCAGAAAUCACACAGGAGAACUCCUGGCCUCCUGGAAAUUUAGGGGUUCCAUGGCUGACAGCCCUUAUAAAAUCUAA